CACAAAAUGAAUAUGUAAUUAAGACGAAAAAAAGAAGACUAUAAGAGAAAUAACUGAACUGAGAAGAAUCCCUAAAUAUCUGUAGUUUCUGAAACUUUUUGAAAAUGAAUUAGCAAUUUUUUAUCUCUUCAAACAGAAAACAAACUGCCCACACCCUUUCUGAUGCUUUACACACAUCCAGUCAAACACUUGGGAUAUGUAGAUAAGAGUAGUGCACUACGUGCUUGUAUUUACUUUUAGGAACAUCAUUCUGAAUGGUCACUGAACUGCUACUGAGAUGAGCAGGUAAGAGUAAUUAUUGGUCACUGAACUGCAACUGAGAUGAGCAGGCAUAUGCAUUUAAAAAGUGCACUAGUAUUCAUUUACAUACUUAUGCACCUGCACUGGAGCUGCACUGUAGAUAUACAUGUAUGUGAACCAUACGAUGAUUGCAAAAUUAGAGACGUCUAUGACAAAACUGUGACAGCAAUCCCUGAAAAAUUCAAAGAUGGAGCUGAUGAAAUAUUUUUUAUAAACAGUCAAAUUCCUGUGAUACCAAAAGGAGGUCUUUCUAAAAACCCUCAAAUCAAGAAAAUUGAAUUUCUCAGUACUACAACUCACUCUGUAGAGGUUGGAGCCUUUGAGGGUUUACCUGAUGUGACGACCAUUGAGAUAUCUGGCACAAAUGUGACAUCAUUACCUGUGGGUGUUUUUAAGGAUCUAAACAACCUUAAAAAACUUGUUUUAAAAAUUAACAAAAUCCAUAGCCUUCAAAACGGGUUAUUUGAUGAUUUAAAAAAGCUUCAAGAAUUAUAUCUACAUUUGAAUGAGAUCAGCUCUAUUGAGGAGGGGACAUUUGACAAUUUAGAGAAUCUCUUAACACUUCAUCUUGGAAAAAACAACCUUAGUUCUGUAUCAACAUCUCUUUUUUCCAAACUUAAGAGCUUAAAAACUUUCAGGCUUUAUGAGAACCGGUUGACUACUCUACCUGAUGGGAUUUUUGAUGGUCUCCCGGAUUUGUCAGAGAUAGGCUUACAAGGCAACCAAAUCUCAUUUAUACAACCAAAUUUAUUUCCCCACAAAAGUAAACUGAAAAAACUCUAUUUGGACCAUAAUCUUUUAACAGAACUCCAGCCAGAUCUGUUUGUUGGUUUCUCUUUAUUAAUGACUCUUACUCUGCACAACAAUCUACUCACCGCUCUUCCCAAUGUCCUUUUUGGAGAACUGCCUAAACUAACUGAAAUAAAUCUAAGCAAUAACUAUCUCACUCACUUACCAACUGGAGUUUUCAGUCCACUUAAGAAGCUCAAGAAGUUAGACCUUUCCUUCAACCACUUUCCAACAAUCUCUGCAGACUUUUUUGAAGGUCUUGAAAAAUUGGUUGAGCUGAAUCUUCAAAAAAACAAUAUAGAGUCAUUAAAACAAGAAGACUUUGAAAAACUUCAUUCUCUUUCAGUGCUCAAACUGGGAAAUAAUAAACUGCAAAGCCUUCCUGGUGAUGUUUUUGACGCUCUUCCAAACCUCAGUAGACUGUACCUAAACAAGAACCCAUGGCAGUGUGACUGUAACCUGCUGCCAUUCUUUGAAUGGAUGAAGAUCAAUGAGGACAAGAUUAAAUCAAAACCUUCAGAAGUUUGUGAGUCUCCAAAAAAUCUGCAAGAUCAAUCAAUCACCUCUUUAACAGAAGAACAAUUAAUAUGCCUCACAAAUACCACCCCUCUCCUACAAGUACCAUCUCAAUGACAACAGUUGUAUUAACUACGGAGUUAACCUCAAUGAAAGCAGCGCCUACAACAACUACUGCUUUACAGAUGACAACCACACCUACUCCAACAACAAUAAGAAUAACAACUCAAACAAUUUGGACCAUCAAACAAAAAGAAAAAAACAAAGUCAAUUAUCUAACAUUACAUAAAA